AUGAUUAAUUUUACGGGUCAGACUAAGAAAAGGGUAGUCAACUUAGGAGAUCGAAGGCAAAAGAAUUCUUCUACUAAUUAUUUAGAACAAGCCAAGCUACAGAGGCAACAUAGGGAAGAACAGCGGCAGUUAGAGAGGGCGAGUUUAGUUUUGCAAAGAUACAUCCGUAGAAGAAUAACAUUGGGGGAUGAAUCGGAAAUUUUGGCUAAGGAAUGGCUCAGGGAAUCCCAUUCCUUUCGAAGUGGAAAGCAGUGGAACGAUUGGUUGGUUAAAUUCCAUUUUAUAGCAAAGUGGUAUUUGAGUCGUCACGACAAAGCACAGUGGAUUGAGAUCCUUUCUACCCUAAAUGAGAGCUUAGAGAAUAAUCAUUUCGACACAACAAUUAGAGCUGCUGAGUUGGUUAUGUCUGGCGUAAGCUUUUUGAUCGAAUGUUUCAAUGAUCGUCAUUAUGACGCUUCAAUUUUGGAGCUUCUCCUAGACGGUUUGUCUAUUUCAAUGUCAACCGUCGAAGUAGAUGAAACUAGCCAGUAUUUCAACUUGACACGUAACUUACGAUAUGCAUUAUCACCAUCACUUUCUCAAAAGACAAUCAGCCGCAUCAAAAGUUUACUAUUUCAUAUUAAUAUUAGAGAUUCAAAGAGGGAAUUUAUUGCAUUCUUAUCGAUUCCUGAUAUAUUUGAAGAAAAUUAUCAAGAAUUGGAUAUAUUAAGGCUGAAAAUACCUGAAUGUAAGCCCGAAUUGGAUGGAAUGAAUGAUCUUAACUUAUUGAUAAAUUUUUUAAUCAUUCAUGGUAAUUGCAACUUCAAUAUCCAGGACUAUACUGUUAUCAACACAAUACUUUCCAACUCAAAAUUCACAAUUUACUCGAACGAAUACAUGGAGGAGGAUGACAAUCUCGAACUUAGAAGAAAACAGAACGUGUUAUACGUUGACGAGAAAGUUCUUGGAAAAUUAGAAGUAUUAUUCUCCUCUAAUUUUAUAAAGCAGGCAAUUAACAAUUUUACUAACCAAAUGGACGAUGAUCUUUCUAGCCAGGCGCUUGAGAUAUUUGCGAAUUUAAUGUCCAUCAUGCCAUCGUUCAGGAGUAAACUUUGCAUGCUUAUUACGAUAACCCCACAGUCCUAUAGGUGGUUUUUCAGGCAGCUUAUGAAGCAUCCGAUAGCUACAACUUUCAAUGACAAGUCAUUAAUGAAGCAAGAUUUCGUCAGGAGUGACGAAGUACUUACCUUGUAUGAUCAUUUAAAUGAAAGUUCCAUACUGCGAUUUUGGAAGACUCUCUAUACUUUUGAAGAGCUAUUCUCUUACUGGCUAAUUGUUUCUAACGAUAUGGAAAGCUUUCAUGACGAUAAAUUAAAUUUGGAUGAAAUUUUAGUUUUAUUACGAUUUUUGAAAUCCUUGUGUUUGUCGUUAGUUUUCAAUUCAAAUAAUCAAACAUUGUUUCCCGAUUACUCCAAACUAAAGGAAAUAUCGAUAUCAUUAUUGAAUCAGCUUUAUAUGAAGAAUUUGAGACUUCAGUUUCUUCCAAAAAACUUCUGGAGCUUGAAUGAAAUAAACUUUGACAUAGACAGUUUGCUUCAAGUUAUAGCGCAGGAAGAAGAAAGAAGGCUAGAAGAAUCUGAUGAUUCUUUAAAUUCGGAUACUGAAGAGGACAAAUUCACUCGAAAAAAGCUGAGGUUGAGCAAUUUGAGUAGCACAACAUCAGCAAAAUUGGAAAUACUUAAAAAGCUACCUUUUUUCGUUCCGUUUAAUCAUAGAGUGAAAAUAUUCCAGACUUUAAUAGAUUUGGACAAACAGAGGUUUAAUCCGGAUCCGUUUGCUAUGAUAGCUCCUCCUAGGUUAAAAGCGGAUAUAAGACGCGAAUUUCUUUUGAAAGAUGCAUUUAAUAGUUUCCACAAAGUGGGAUCAGCUUUCAGGAAUCAACUACAGGUUGUAUUUUACAACGAAUACGGAGGUCAAGAGGCUGGCAUUGAUGGAGGGGGAAUAACCAAGGAAUUUUUAACCUCUGUUGUAUCGGAGGGAAUUAAGUCCGACUUAUUCAAGGAAACUCUGGAGAAUCAAGUCUAUCCAAAUGAUGAUAUAUAUAAGAAGUUGAGCAAAAACAUUGAUACACAAGAGCAACAAGAAAAGCUCUUAUAUUUAAGAUUUAUGGGUAAUGUAAUUGGAAAGUGUUUCUAUGAAAAUGUCUUAAUAGAUGUUUCUUUUGCUCCCUUUUUCCUCAAUAAAUGGUGCAACGAUAAUAUGAAAAAUUCGAUUAAUGACUUGAGCUAUUUGGAUAAAGAAUUGUACUCAAAUUUAAUGAAAUUGACAAAUAUGAGUAACGAAGAAUUAGAAUCAUUGGACUUAACGUUCACUACGAACGAGCAAGUCGGUGGAAGAAAUGUUACGUUUGAUUUAAUGCCAAAUGGCGAGCACAUAAAAGUAGAUACUACAACCAGAUUAAAUUACAUUCAUCAGCUUUCUAAUUUCAAGUUAAACCAAUCAUUGCAUAUACAAACAAAAUUCUUUCUCGAAGGAUUACGGGAAAUCAUCUCUCCCAGUUGGCUUAGCAUGUUCGAUUCUGUGGAGUUACAAAUGCUUAUUUCAGGAGAUAAGAAAGACGUCGAUGUUCAGGAUUGGAAGGACAAUGCUGAGUAUGGAGGUUUCUUUGACGAUGAUAUCACUAUUAAAUAUUUUUGGGAAGUGGUGUCUGAGAUGAGUCCAGAGGAGAGAUUCAAGUUAAUAAAAUUUGUAACUUCAGUUUCGAGAGCACCUUUACUAGGUUUUGGCUCGUUGAGUCCGAAGUUUGGAAUUAGAAACUCCGGCCGAGAUAUUGAACGGCUACCAACAGCCUCAACAUGUGUCAAUCUUUUGAAGCUUCCGGAUUAUCAAGACAAAAGCUUGAUUCGAUCAAAAUUACUAUAUGCAAUCAAUACUGAUUCGAGAUUUGAUUUAUCUUGA